UUUAGCACCGUUUUGCUCGGAAUACCGUGCUCGCUGCUCGCGUCGGGGCGCGUUGUCGGUCGGUGACUCGGUGACGUGCACUGGCAGGGGCAACUUGCGAACAUUUUUUGGAGCCUCGAGAGACGACGCGACGCCAACCUUGACAUUUACCGGGCGAGCGAGUGUGACGUUUACAGCUGCAGAGUGCCCCGCUCCACUAGAGCGCCACUUUAGAGAGGAGAGGCGGCUACGCGGGCUACGCUGCCGUCUGAUUCCGAACACUGCUUCGUCGCUCUGUCUCUCUCGCACCCCUACGGGCCGCCCCAUGAGUGCGAGAGAGACAGGGCGACGAAAGCAGUGCUCGGAAUCACACGGCUGACUGUGCGCCGCUACUAUAGCGACACUGCGAAACGAUGCUUCUGCGCAACACAGCGCAGCCGCAGCUUCCAGGGCAGCCUCCAGGGCCCCCAGGCAGCACUGUCGACUCCACUCGGUGGUGCAAUCGCCGCAGCGGCGCCGCUAGCGAGCCCUGGAUUGUUCCUGCUCCGGACGUGCUCGAGCGCAGGCGCAGCAAGGAGUGGCUCGAGGCCAGAGACAUGUCCGGCGCGGGCCUGACGGUGCUCGUGACGGGGGGCGCGGGCUACAUCGGCAGCCACUGCACUGUGGAGCUGCUGCAGGCGGGCUACGCCGUCAUCGCCCUCGACAACUUCGUCAACUCGGUGCCCAGCGCUCCCUCCGGCUCCGGCUUGCCCCCGUCCCUCCAGCGCGUCCAGCUCAUCACAGGGAAGGAACUCACCUUCUACGAAUGCGACCUGCUGGACAAGACGCGACUCCAACAAAUCUUCCAGGAGCACAAGAUUGACUGUGUGAUCCACUUUGCUGCCAUCAAAGCUGUGGGAGAGUCCAUGCAGUUCCCUCUUCUGUAUUACAAGAACAAUCUGAUAGCGACAAUCAACCUUCUGGAAGUAAUGGAAGCACAUAAUGUGUAUCAGCUCGUGUUUUCAUCAUCUUGCACAGUGUACGGCAACCCUGAAAGCCUACCCAUCACAGAGAGUCACCCUACAGGAGAUGUGACCAAUGUUUAUGGACGCACAAAACACUUCAUAGAGGGUAUGCUCAAGGACAUAUCUGCAGCCAACAGUAAAUGGAACAUCAUUGCUCUGAGAUACUUCAAUCCCGUUGGAGCACACCCGACUGGACUGAUUGGUGAAGACCCAACCAAGGAAUUUACCAACAUUAUGCCUUAUAUGGCACAGGUGGCCAUGGGCAAUAAGCCUCACUUAACAAUUUUUGGUGGAGAUUAUGACACAGUAGACGGAACAGGUGUCCGAGAUUACAUCCAUGUAAUGGAUCUAGCCAGUGGACAUGUUGCUGCACUAAGCAAACUGCACAAAGAUCACCAAAGAAUAAGGAUUUACAAUUUGGGCACUGGCAAGGGAGUGUCAGUGCUGCAACUGCUGAAAAUUUUUGAAGCAGUAACUGACACUGAAAUCCCAUUCAAGAUAUGCAGCAGACGAGAUGGGGACAUAGUCUCAAUGUAUGCAAAUGCAAGUUUGGCAGAAAAGGAAUUGGGUUGGAAGUCACAAUUCACACUUCCUCAAAUGUGUAAAGAUUUUUGGAGAUGGCAGACCAUGAACCCAGAUGGUUACAGAAGCUCAGUUGAAAAUAGUGUGUCCAGGAAAGCCUCCCAAAACGGUCAUACUGUGACAGAGCACUUAAAGAAGAAUGGACAUUCAGAUAAUUCUGUGCCAGCAAAAUCUUCACAAAAUGGGCAUCAUCAACACACCAAUGGCAAAAUUCCAAUGGGAAAUGGACACUCAUAAAAUCCACUUAAAUGAAAACUAUGAAAGAAGUAAAGACUGAUGAAAAAUAUUAAAAGUGUGAGAGGAGGGAAAAUAAAUUAUAGAUAAACCUA